AUGAGUUUCCUCGCCAUCGAAGGGUAUCAUGUAUUGAUCACCGGGGCAGCCGGUGGUAUUGGUCAAGAAGCGCUGAAAGAAUUCCUUGACCAAGGAUGCAAAGUCACGGCGCAUGACCUUCGCCCGGUGCAUGCUCCUUCAUCUGCCACCCAAUCCAACUUCUACUCCGUCACCGGAGAUAUCUCGUCUGAGUCCUCGGUAGCCUCCUGCAUCAAGUCGGCCGUAGAGCAUUUCGGCCCAAUCAACAUCUUGAUUGCCAACGCUGGGAUCACUGACGAAUCGUCCGAAUACAACAUUUGGGAGAUUCCAUUGGAUGUCUGGGAAAAGACGUACAAUACGAACAUUAGAGGCACCUUCUUGACGAUCAAACAUUUCUUGCAAAGUGCCGUUGAGGCGCAGGCUGCUGCGGGUCACACCGAACUGGAAAAUCUGGCGAUUGUUAUCACGGGAUCUGAGACGGGCAAGUUUGGUCAAGCGGCACAUAGCGAGUACGCUUCCGGCAAAGCUGGUCUUCAGUAUGGGCUGGUGCGCAGCGUCAAGAAUGAGAUUGUCAAGAUCAACUCAAGAGCGCGCAUCAAUGCUGUGGCCCCCGGUUGGGUCGAUACACCCAUGAUUACCGGGCGACUGGACGAUCCGAAGGAGAUGUGGAACGAGGCUCAGGCCACGGUUUCUCUCAAGAAGAUCGCACGGCCCCAGGAUGUCGCGCGGACGAUGGCUUUUCUUGCCAGUCAUCGAGCCGCGGGGCAUAUUACCGGGCAAUGCCUCUCUGUUGACGGAGGGAUGGAGGGCCGUGUGAUUUGGAGAGCGAACGAAGUGCUCGGAAAGGUCUCACCGGCGCAUUCAUCGACGGCGGUGACGAUCCCUGCACCGGCUGCGGCCCCAAAGCGCCGUCGCAUUCAGAUUCUCCUCUCGGUAGAUUUUGAUGCGGUUUCCGGAUUCCUGGGAACCGGAGCUUCAGAAAGCAACAGUCUCUCUGAUUACAGCAGUGGGUAUUUUGCUGCUCAGGUGGGAGUACCACGCCUGCUACGACUCUUCAAAAAGCACGGCAUCUCCUCCAAAGUCACCUGGUUUGUGCCGGGUCACUCGAUGGAGUCGUUCCCCAACGAGACCAAGGCGAUUGUUGAAUCCGGCGCCGAGGUAGGAUGUCAUGGAUACUCCCAUGAAGGCGCCAACCAGAUGACCGAGGCACAGGAACGGGACGUGAUUGCCAAGUGUGUUCAGCUGGCGACCGACUUGACUGGGAAAAAGCCUCGCGGAUGGAGAGCACCUCUCUAUCUGCUGAGGGAGCACACAGUGAAGGUGCUGGAGGAGCAUGGAUUUCUCUACGAUACGUCGCUCACCCAUCAUGACUCGGCUCUCUACUUCCUUCCCCAACUGCCACCGAUCAAGCCUAUCGACUUUUCCCCUUCGCAACCUGCAACCACGUGGAUGAAACCACUUGCUUCUCCGGGUCCGCGAACAGAAAAGACCCUGGUGGAGAUUCCUUGCAAUUGGUACAUGGAGGACAUGACCCCCAUGCAGUUCAUUCCUGCAGCGCCCAACUCCCAUGGAUUCGUCAGCCCCACGGCCAUUGAGGAGAACUGGAAAUCCCGGUUUGACUUUUUAUACAAUGAGACCGAGGACUUUGUUUUCCCUCUGAUUCUGCAUCCGGAUACCAGUGGAAUGGCUCACGUGAUCGGUAUGAUUGACCGAAUGAUCAGCUGGUUGAAGCAGAAGGGGGAGGAGGUGGAAUUUGUGACAUUUGAAAAUUGCGCCACGGAGUGGAAGGCUCGACAGCAGAAGCUUAGCGAGUAG